AAAAUGUUUCCUACAAAUCAUAAAACUAUUUUCGUACUCGAUCAUACACCAUACUUUGGUAUAUCAUCGGAUAAUCCAAUAGACUUCGAUGUCUCUAAAAGCCGGGGCCCUGGCUAUGUCCCUUUACCGCCAGUUUGCAAGUCGCUAUGGACUUGCAGUGUGGAAGCUGCAGUUGAAUACUGCCGAAUAGUAUGGGAUCUAUUUCCUGAAGGCAAACUGGUCCGAUUUGUUGUCAGUGAUUCUGCAGCACACAUCCUUAAUACUUGGGUUGCAGCACAACAGAACUUAACCCAUAUCCUUAACGGCUUGUGCCUUGUUGGCGCGGUGCGGCGUGGUGCUGGAGGUGACGUCGUGGGGCUCUGUGCCGCCAUUGAAGCCCUAAGUCAGCCAUCACCCACACAAUCUGCCAGGCCUAACUCAGAAGCACUUUUUCAAAACAGGGGUCGAAUAAUCUGCAUAACAAGUGCACGAGAUGAUGACUCUAUAAGGAGUCUGGCAGAGAUAGCGUUGAAUGCUCUUAUCCAGCAGAACAAGAAAGCUUCCAGUGAACCUAGUACAUCUGAGUCGACGAGCACUGCUCAGCCACAGGCCUACCCUAUCCAAUAUUGCCAUUUAGUAAUAAUAAACGUUACUCCAGAGAAAGCGGAAAUCAGAGUGAAUAAUCAACCAUUAACAGAGAUGGGGAACGGCCUGAUGGGCGUCGAAGUGAUAGUGUCCAGGGCAAGCGCGCUGGCAGCACUGCUCGGGCGUCUAGUGUUGCCACAUUACAAGCUGGUGACCACCACUGUCACUGGGAUACCGAUGAAGGAAGAGCAAAACGCGAGCUCCAGCGCGAACUACGACGUAGAGAUUAUUCACUCGGCCGAGGCCCACGCCGGACUCCGGGCGGCGCAGACGGCUGCGGAGGCCACGGAAUCUGUAGUGCUGCGGUGGUGGACGCCGCGCGGCGCGGAGGGCGGCGCGGGCGGCUGCGGCGGGCCGCUGUGGCGCGUCACGCCCGCCGACGUGGCGUCCCGGCCCUCCGCCUGCCUCGUCAACUUCCUGCUCAACGGCCGCUCCGUCACGCUCGAGGUGCCCAGGAAGGGCGGCGGGCGGUCGGCGUCGCACGUGCUGGCGGCGCAGGGCGGCGAGCUGUGGGUGGGCGCGCUGGGCGGGCGCGCGCCCUACGACGAGCCGCCCGCGCUGUCCGAGGGCGCCGGCGGCCGCGUCACCGACUACAGAAUAAAGGAGUUCGGUGCGCUCAUGCAGCAAAACCGGCUGUUCCCGCUGCGCGGCGCCGGCGCCAACGCGCGGGCCAAGGCGCGCCUGCAGCGGCACACCACCUACUGGCCGCUCACCAUCUCCUCCACGCUCGUCUUCAACUUGGGCUCCGUGAUGGAGCCCCUGACCCGUCUGGUGGUGCAGGAGACAUUGACGGAGGACGAGGUGGACACGUGCCGCGGCGUGCUGCUGGCGCUGCUGGGCAUGGAGUCCCGCCACGAGUUCCCCACCGCACAACUACCUUCAAACUUGAGAGGCAAGUCGAGCAGUCGCCGCGAGGAGCAAUGGCGGCAGGUGUGGAGCGAGCUGGAGGCGCUCGUGCGCGCGCACUCCGCCUCGCCCGCGCACCGCGCGCUGCUGCGCACGCUGCUCGAGUGUCGCGCGCACAACCACCAGGACAGUGACAGCCGCGCAUCUGUAAUUCGAGCGACGACGGACUCGCCGCUGUCGCCGACGGGUGCGGGGGCGGGGGCGGGGGGGGCGAGCACGGGGGGCGCGGGGGACGUGUGGGCGGCGCGCGGCGCGCUGGACGCGCUGCUGGCCGCGCCCCGGCCGCCGCGCCGCCCCGACUUCGCGGGCCGCAUGGCGGCCGGCGGACGCCCGGCCGUGCUCUACCAGCAUCUCCAGCAGGAUGUGGAGGCGCAGCAUUAGACGCGUCCUGUCCCCGGUAUUUGUGAGCUCAUUCUUCCAAUUUUAAUCGAUACGGAGGCGAUGCUAAUCGAAGAUGAUAAUUAAUAAUGACUAUUCAAAGGUUCGGUGCGACGUUUCGCGAAUAACCCCGACCCGACCACAUAAUAUUUAUGUGAGAAAACCGACACAAAUAACCACGCAAAACAGGUGAAUGAAUAUGUAUCAUUUUCCUGCGUUCACGUAUCGAAACAGCAAAUACAGAUCUGCCUUAUAAAACGCAACUCAGGGUUCAUCGUAGCUGCCAUUCACCAUGCCCUGCUAUCGGCUGACUUCCUCUCGGUUGACGAAGGAAGAUACUAUUUAUAUCACUUACCGUACCUAACUCUGUUCCGGAAUCGCUAUAUUCCGUGUCCUCUUUUGCAUAAGGUACCAAUUACUAUGAUUAACUUUGACAUAAGAAAAAAAAACCCCACUCUGCUACAGAUGGAGAUUUCCUUGUUUCAUAAAAAACGGUACUUAAAGUGUACUCGGGCAAUUCCAAGGAAAAAUAACACUAAAAUAUUGACGGAAAAUUCCAAAUAGUUACUUAAUUUUAAAUGAUUAUUCAGAUUCGAAAUUACCCGAAUACACCUUAUAUACUUAUUCGCGAAAUAGUAAACUUUCAGAUCGUACAAUCUUAAUACGGCGGCCACGGCCACGGAUUACUGAUUAGAUUAGGGUUCGAACUAAUGUGAUUGUUCGUGUUCAGCGCUUUAACCUUUUGGACGCCAAUGACCGAUAUAUCCGCACCGCAGGUUCAACGCCAAAGACUGAUUAAUCGGUCACAAACCACAGAGCAACAUAGACCUACAUGCAUAAAGUUCAAUUUCAGUUUUGACACUUCGGUGACGUGGCGUCCGCGUGACAGCUUUUGUUUGACAUGGCGUCGAAAAGGUUAAGGGCGUCCGCUAGCUGGCGGGGGCGCACACAUGCGGAUUUCAUUGUAGGUAAAACCACCGUACGCGUCCGCGCCAGUUAGCUCUACUAUUUCUCAUCCGCGUCAGCUAGCGGACGCCCAAAUGUCCGUUUCCAGUGUAAAGGCACGAGACUGUACCACCAUGUAGAUAAUUUGUAUUAUUGGUGAUAAAUCGUAUGCUAAAACUUUGCGACUGGCGUAGAAUUUUGUAUAAAUCGCGCGUGUAAAUAACCUGUGGAACUGUUCGUCGAUUGUGUGGUAAUCAGACAAUGCUAUUGUAAAUUGUAAGGGAAAAAUGUUGAAAAUUAACACAAUGAGUGUAUUGUGAGUGCUUGUUUUAUGUCCGUGUAGGCGUGUAAGUUAGUAAUAAAGAAUUAUAUUUUGCA